CGUUGCCCCUUUUAGCUUGUUGCCCCUGACAACCAAAGUGCCCAAUCGAACGGCACCUGAAAUCAGACGCACCUGUGGAGCAUUAGGGCUGCACACAUUUAAAAAGGAGCGACCAGGAGGAUCGUCAGGCUUGACAAGGAGGACCGGGUGAACGCGCGCAGGUUGAGAAGGAAUCCCCAAGACUACCCAGCAGACCCGCAGGCUACCGAAAAGAACCCCCAGAAUCCCACAAUACGCAGGGGCAGAGGAAACUCUGACUCCAAAACGUCCAGCGGGUGUCAGCGGGGAGUCAUGAAGAGGAGUGGCACACCAGUGUGGGACAGAAGGAGCUACAGGCCCCCUCCCACAUUAAAGGGGAGCAGCUUCAUGAUGAAGAUGAAGCUCAGUCCUUACAGCUUCAUCACAGUCAAAGUGAGGAGAAAAGAGGGGCAGAGCUUGUAAGUCAACACAUCACAGAAGCUGAUGGAGAGCAUUGUGAAGAUGUAAAGUCGGAACCAGACAGCAUCUUUGCUCCACUGUCAGACAUGGACCACAUGAUGUCACACUCUUCUGAUCACAGUGACCACAUCCAAAAACCUUUGGAGAGUAAAAAUGACUCUAAAGGUGAUAGGAGACAUCACACUAACAACAAACACUUUGACUGCUCUGAAUGUGGGAAAUCAUUUAGAAAGAAAAGUCAUUUUACAGUACACAUGAGAAUACAUACUGGAGAGAAACCUUUUUUUGCUCUGUUUGUAAGAAGAGUUUCUCCAGCAAGCAAAACAUGACCACACACAUGAGAACACACACUGGAGAGAAACAUUUUGCUUGCUCAGCUUGUGCUAAAAGAGUCAACACUAAGAAGGAAAUUAUUUUGCACAUGAGAACACACACAGGUGAGAAACCUUUUACUUGCUGUGUUUGUAAGAAGAGUUUCUCCAGCAAGCAAAGCAUGGCCACACACAUAAGAACACACACUGGAGAGAAACCUUUUACUUGCUCUGUUUGUAAGAAGAGUUUCUCCACAAAACCUCAAAUGACCACACACAUGAGAACACACACUGGAGAGAAACCUUUUACUUGCUCGGUUUGUAAGAAGAGUUUCUCCAUAAAGGGGGACAUGACCACACACAUGAGAACACACACUGGAGAGAAACCUUUUACUUGCUCUGUUUGUAAAAAGAGUUUCUCCAUAAAGGGGGACAUGACCAGACACAUGAGAACACACACUGGGGAUAAACCUUUUGCUUGCUCAGCUUGUGCUAAAAGAUUCAACACUAAGAAGGAAAUUAUAUUGCACAUGAGAACACACACAGGUGAGAAACCCUUUACUUGCUCUGUUCAUAAGAAGAGUUUCUCCAGCAAGCAAAGCAUGACCACACACAUAAGAACACACACUGGAGAGAAACCUUUUACUUGCUCUGUUUGUAAGAAGAGUUUCUCCACAAAGCCACACAUGACCACACACAUGAGAACACACACUGGAGAGAAACCUUUUACUUGCUCUGUUUGUAAGAAGAGUUUCUCCACAAAGCCACACAUGACCACACACAUGAGAACACACACUGGAGAGAAACCUUUUGCUUGCUCUGUUUGUAAGAAGAGUUUCUCCACAAAGCCACACAUGACCACACACAUGAGAACACACACUGGAGAGAAACCUUUUACUUGCUCUGUUUGUAAGAAGAGUUUCUCCAGCAAGGAAAUCAUGACCACACACAUGAGAACACGCACUGGAGAGAAACCGUUUAGUUGCACUGUGUGUGAUAAGAUGUUUAGGUAUAAGUCAGGAGACACAAGUGUGUAACAGUCAUGGAAGCUGCAGGGAUGUAAAAACACUUAAACAGUGAUUGUGCUAAAGGUAGUUUAAAAACACAGCAUGUUUAAUAAGAAUGUAUAUUUGAUGUUGUAUGUAGUGCUUCUCAUCUUCUAGUCUUAUAUGUUGUCCUGUAGUUACUUUUUAAGUUGUGUGCAUGUAUUGAAUAUUAUAUAUGUAGCUACUUUAUUUUUCUUCUCAUCUUUGAAGAGAGGACAUUUUAUUAUUUUCAAUG